AUGAGUGAAAUUUUGAAAUAAAUGUUGUGGUUAGUUUCGAUAAUGAGUUUUGCGGUUAACGGAUUAAUUGAUAUGUAUUCAAGUUUUUCAUAUAUAGUGAAUCCCAUGUGAAAGGAUGUUUAGAUUUAAGUUGUACCAAACUAUGCUAAUUGGGAGUAGCUGAUUGUAGCAAGACGGUGCCUGUGUGUGAAUAUGGUUAUUUCUUAUUCAAGGAGAAAUAUUGUGUUAAAUGGUAUUAUAUAAUGGAAUAUUUAAAAGUCCAGGAUUCUCUUCAGAAAUGCGAUUUGAUUGUAUGGAUUGUUUGGAAAACCCAACCUCGUGGGUUGAAAAUAGAUAAUGUAGUUAUGGAUAUGAGAUAUAAAAUGGGGAUUCUACCAGUGGUGUUUUCCAAUAAUAAAACGAUACUUAAUCUAGUUUAUAUUUUAUUGUACCCUCUAAUUAAUAGCCAUCAAAUCUAAUUGACCGUGAGGUGAAUCUACCAUUUAUAGUAUAAUUAUGUGAAGGAUGUGAGGAGUUUUGUAAUGAUGAUGAUGAUGAAUCAUGUAACUUUUUUUAAGAUUAUAAUAACAAUGACGUUGACCCAUAAGUUGGAGUAACAUGUCUAAAAGGUUAUUAUUUUGAUAAUGAUAAUUGUUUAAAAUGUGAUAAAUAUUGUUCAAAAUGUGAUGGAAGUGGAUGUUAAAAAUGUUUGAAAGGUUAUGUAUUAAAGAAUAGUCAUACAUGUUAAGAAUGUCCAUAUGGUUGUUUAGAUUGUGAUUUUGGAUUUGAUGGUAUUUCAAUAGAAUGUUAUCAAUGUCAACAGGAUGGAUUAGGAGAGUAUUAUUUACCUAGUUUAUUUUUGGCAACUUGUGAAACAUGUGAAAAUGGAUGUUCAAAAUGUGAAUAUAUGACAUAUGAUGAUACCAUAUAUCCAAAAUAUUUAACUAGGGAUAUAGAUGUUCCAUUUGAAGAGGAUGUUAAUAAAUAUAUAAAGAGAUGUAGAUAAUGUAGAGGAUCUAAAUCAUUUAUUAAUGCUAGUGGUGUAAGUUGCUAGAAUUGUAACAUAGAAAAUUGUAAAUAAUGUUAUUAAGAUUUGGGAGGUGGAAUUACAACUUUAGAUCCUGAUUUUAUUCCGAAAGAAGGAGAUUUUGAUAUCUUAUGUUAUAUGUGUUCACCUGGCUAUUAAUUAAGUGCAGAUAAGAAAAGUUGUACCACUUAAACAGAUCCUGAUUGUGCUAUACUCAAUGCUGAUGGCACUUGUUAAUUAUGUGCUAAUGGAUUAAUGUUUGAUGCAACUACAACUCCAGGAACAUGCACAACUACUAUAUGUAGUUAAAGAAUUUUAAAUUGCAUUGAUUGUUUUGCAUAUGAAGAACCUGAUGCCGAUGUAACAUAUGAUGAAAAUGGAAAUCCAAUAAGAUCUUAAAAAAAAUAAUUAUAGUGUAUCAAAUGCAUUCCUGGAUAUUAUCCUGAUUUCUUUAGUGGAAAAUGUCUUAGAUGUAAUUCUAAUUGUAGGUAAUGUUGGUAGAAUACAGAUUCAUACAAUUUAACUUCAAUUAAUUCAGUUUAUUAAAUUUAUUCUUAAACUUCUAAAUCAUUCUUCCAAAAUGAAGAUUUAAAUGAUCCAUAAUGCACAUAAUGUUAUAAUGGUUAUGACUUAUAUGAUAAUGAAUGCUAAGGAUGUGGGGAUGGUUGUUUAUUAGAUUAAGUCUCAAUGUGUGUCUUUGAAUUUGAUACUGCUUAUUGUUCAUAAUGUCCUCCAGGUUAAAGAUCUUUGAUUAAUGAUAAUAGUGACUGUGCAGAUUGUCCUCUCUAUUGUGAAGCUUGUAGAGAAAGAACUAAAGAUGAGAUUAAUAACAUAAAUCCAUUAUUUAAUCCAAGUAAUUCAGAUUUUUAAAGGUUUUCUAAUCUUUGUUACAAAAUUAUGAAAAAUUUUGAUGUUUCUAAAAAUUUAUACCUUGAUACUAUUACAUAUAUGCCUACUGCUUGUGAAUAUCCAGGUACAUCAAAGAAAUGCUAUUAUACAUCAACUAUCGAUUUUAAUUUAAAUUGUAAUGAAGAGGAAAGUGUUCCUGAUUCUUUAGAUUUAUCAACUAUUUUUAAAGGUAAAUCAUCUACUGCUACUCUAAUUUUGAAAGAAAUUGAAAAAUAUGAGAAUUAUUUGUUAUUGAACAAAAAUGCAGUACAAGAAAUUACUAUAUAAAUUAAUAUUCAUGGAACAGAAUGUAGAUUCACUAAACCUACUUAAUUUAAGACAUUGUUUUAAUAAAAUGUUUUUUCAUUAUUAAAACUAAAUAUACAUUUUAAAUCUUCUACAUCUGCUACUUUCUAUUAAAUAGGACAUAUUUAAUUUUCAAAUAUCAAUAAUUUGAAAUUUGAAAAUAUUAAAUUUGAAUAUAACAAUGAAAUUAAUUCAAAAAUAAGAGAGUUUGGUAUCACUCUUAUAGGUAAAUCAAGUUCAUUUUCAUUAAUCAAUUCUGCAAUCUCAAAGGAGGGUUCAUUAAUUUAGAGUAUAUUUUCCUUCAAUUUUUAAGGAGUUUAAACCUUUACUUUAUAAUAAGUUGAAUUUUCAUAUUUAUAACCUAUUGAUCAAUUCUUAAAUUAAAAUUUUACUUAAGAAAACACUUACACCUUAACAUUGACUUAAGUUAAAUUUAUUUAUUGUAGAUUUAUUAAUAAUCAAUAAUUAUUUGAUUAGAAUCCUGUUAAUAAAACUAAAAUAAUAAUAAAUGAUUUAGUAAUUUAUAAAUCAGAAUUUAUAGGUACCAAUAUUUUUGGUACUCUAAAUGGGUAACCUUAUGCAACAAUAGAAUUGUCAAUAACUAAUCUUAAAAUCUAAAUAAGUUCUUUCAUAUAUUCAAAUUUUCUUAUAAGCAAUUAAUUAAUAAGUAGUUCAAUUUCAAAUGUAGAUAUUUUUACAAGUUAAUUCAUUUCUUCAAAUGUAUUUAUGUUGAAUCACAUAAACUUAUAAAACAUCUAUGUAGGAUCUAAUAAGAUAUUCAACAAUUCUAUUAUAUUUUCUACAUCUCCUAUAGUGGAUUCAUUGAUUGUUCCAAAAAGUGUUUUAUAAGAUUUUAAGAUCAUAAAUGUUCGUUGUGAUUAGAAUGAGUGUAAUAGUAUCAAUUGCUUAUUUUAUUUAUCAACUCCUUUAAAUACAUAUAAUGUUUAAGCUAAUUUAAGAAUAGAAUCUUUGUAGAUAAUAAAAACAUCAUCUUUAAUUUAUACAUAAAUUAUUAGAUAUAUAGAUUCUGCUUUAUGUGUAUUCAAAUAAUUUUAGAAUAUUAAAAUAUCUAAAUUGAAAUCAGUUGACAAUUUAGGUUCAAUAGUGUUUUAUUUUGAUGAAAUUAAAUCCAUAGAUGUUGAUACAUUAUAAUGUGAUUCAAUUUAAUCUGAUUACAUAAGUGUUUAUGAUGAAUAUGGUGAUGAUAUAAUGGUUGAAAAUCCAUACAAUAAUUUAAUUCCCUCUUCAGACUAUUGUGCUGAAUAGUUAUGGUCAUCUAAUAAUUAUAAUUUUUAUUGUCUCUAUAUAAAUGAAUUCUCACAUGGAGUAAAAUUGAAUAAUAUUAUUAUAAGCAAUUAAUUAUUAUUAGACUUUAAUGCAAUUGUCAUAUAAUCUUAUGACAUACUAAAAAUGAAGACUAAUAGAAUAAAAGACAAUUUAUAAUAAUUUUAUUCAGAUUAUGAUAAAGAAAUCAUCAUAAUUACAAAUAUAAAUGCAUUUAAUAAUACUUUACUUGCGUAUGAUUUGGGAUCAUAAUUGUCUUUAUUUUCAAUUAAAUCAUAAUAAUAAUAAUAAAUUGUUAUAAAUAAUGCUUAAUUCUAAAGUAAUCAUUUGCAUAAGACAUCAUUAUAUCAAAUGAUGAUUAGUGCAACUAUAUUUGUUAUAUAAUCAUAAUAAGCUACAAUGAAUAUAUCCUAUGCAACAUUUGAAUAUAAUAGAGCUACUCAAUUUGAAUAUGGAUUAAAUUAUAUUUUAGUAAAAUCUAUAAACAUUAUUAAUUGUUGGUUUCGUUCAACAAAUCAAUUUGAUGGAGUUUGGUUUAAUAAAUUAAAUGAAAAUUAAAUGAAUAAUACAAUUUAAGUAUGGGAAUUUUUUUAAGUAAAAUCAAAAGGUGCUAAUUUGUAUUUAGUAACUUAGGAUAUGAAAAUGAGGGAUUGUUAAUUUAUUGAUAGUUAUGGAUUGGAUGGAGCAGGAAUGUUCAUAGUAACUUAAGGGAAUGGUAAUUUGUUAAUUAACAAUACAAUUUUCAAGAACAUCAAAGCCAAUUUAGAUUAAAAAUAUUUAACAUAGGGUGGAUGUUUAUCUAUUGAUGCUAAAGCUUCAGCUCUGUAACUCAACUUAUCAUUUAUUAAUAUGGAAAAUUGUGUUAGUAGAUCUAAAGGUGGUUGUAUUUGGAUAGGUUCAUCUAAAAAUUUAUAAUUAAUUUAAAUUACUGAUAGUAAAUUUAUCAAAUGUCAAUCAUUAACUUCUUAAUUCAUGGAUAUCUAAUUCUUUGACGUUAACAAUUAAAUAGUGUAAAUGAGCAAUUUAAAAAUUGAAAAUAAUAAUUUAAAAGAAUUUUUAUCAAGAGUUCCUGCUUUAACAGAAACUGAAAUUGAUUUAUUCAAAACUUCUGCUUCUGUUUAUACAUAAACAAAUGGAUAAUUAAGAAUGAAUAAUAUUUAAAUAUUCAAUAUUGUUAACUAAAACAUAACAUAUGCAACCAAUUUAUACAGAGGAUAUUUCAAUUAGAUUUAAUUUGUAAAUAAUACAAUUUUUAGUGCUCCUUUGAUGCGCUUUACUUUAAAGGAUGAAUUAGGAACUGCUUAUUUAGGAUCAAUAACAUUCUCUGAAAAUAACCAAUUCAUACCUUAAAAACAAUUUGAUGAAUGCACCAACUUAUUUUUCAUUAUUCCAAUUUUAGCAUAUGAUGAAUAAACAUGUGAUAUUUGGUAAGAGAAUAUUGCUUUAGUUGAUUAAAUAUUUUCUGAUGCUCUUCUAAACAUAGAUGAUUUAGAAUUAGAUGAUGAAUAUUUAAGUAUGACUAAUAAAAUUAAAUAUGAAUGGGAUGAAAUCGAAAAUUAAUUACAACCCACAGUUGAUGAUCUUCCUCUUAAUUUUUAAUAUGAUGAAAAUGUAAAAGAUUGUAUUUUUUAUCAAUUGUUCAAUGAAAUAUCUAAUAGAACUGCUGCAUAUAUUUAGAUACUUAAUGUUAGACAAGGAAAUUAAAUUAAAAUUGAAGGAUUAGAACUAAGUAAUAAUAAUUGUACAGUUUGUACCUAUGGAUUGAUAUAAAUUAUCCAAGUUGAAGAUGUUGUUGAUAUAAUAACAGUCAAUUAUUUACUUUGUAUUAACAAUCAUUUAGCCUAUUUUGGAUGUUUAUCAAUUACAAAAAAUAAUUAAUUGGGAGAUAUUCUUUUCAAUAAGCCCUUAUUUAGAAGAAGAUUACUAACUGAAACAAAUGAUUAGUAUUCAAUACAAGUAAAUAACUCAAGAAUUAUUAAUAAUAUUGCUUCUGUUGGAGCAGGUAUAAGCAUAAAUAGUUUGAAUGUUUUAUUUGAUAAUUGUGAAUUCUCUAAUAAUAUAGCAUACUUGGUAGGAGCAGGAAUAUAUUACUAUUCAAUAGAUUCUUACAUUUAGAUAUUCAACUCUAAAUUUAGUUAUAAUUAGGCUUAAGUUGGAUCAGCUAUAUAUUUAGAAGGAACAUAAUUGAGUAACUAAACUAAGUGCAAAAAUUAAUAUGUAUAAAAUAUUGGUACAUCAACUUAUGAAGAUCCAGUUGCAUUAACAAUCACAAUGAACAAUUAAAAAAUACCAACGAUUCCAUUUUCAAUAUAUACAAAUGAAGAUGGAGAUGUUAUAUCAAAUACAGUAAAUAUGAUUGAUAAAUUGACAAUUGAAAGGGUCUAACUAUUAAAUUAUCCAGAAAUUACUGAUUUCUUGAUUUUACCUUCAGGACAAAAAAUUGGAAAUUACAAGUUCUACUUUAUUGAUACUAUGGAAUAAAUACCUUAUGAUUGGAAUAUGAAAUUAAUAUAUUUAAAUAGAUUUGGUGAAAUUUUAGCUUAGGAGUAUUCUUCAGAUUCAUGCUACAUUGAUGGCAGAAUAUAGAAUAUUAGUUUCUAUGAUAAUUCUAAAGAAUACACAAGUAACUUUACAAAUUAGGAUAAACUGAAUUAUAAUGUAGAUGAUUCCUCUUUUAAAUUUGAUGACUUGAUAAUUACAUUUGAUCCAUAUAUCGAUGAAGAAUUAUAUUUAGAAUUAAGAUGUAUAUUAAUUAAUAUUGUUAUUUAGUUUAUUGUCCAAAUGUGAAAAAACCAGUUUUGUAAGCUGAUUAUCCUUACAAUGUGUUAUCAUAAAAUGACAACUAUUUUUUGAUUUUGAAUAUUCGAACUUAUCCUUGUCAAAUGGGAGAAGCUUAUUUUGAUUAAAAAUGUGAGGCAUGUGAUAUUAAUCAAAAGAAGUUUAGUGUAGUACCAGACUCACCUCAAUGUUAAUCUAUCAAUUCAGAAAGUAUGUUAGAUGUUACUCCAGUUGGAAUUAAACUAAAAUAAGGAUGGUAUAGACCAUAUAUAGAUAAUGAUCAAUAUGAAUAUUGUUUAAAUCUACCAGCUAAUUGUAAUGGUGGAUGGAUUCCAGGAAAUCCUUCAUGUUAUACUGGUCACAUUGGUGCUCUAUGUGAGAGUUGCGAUCUAUAUGCUAUUAAUAAUGAUAUUAGAUAUUCCAAUACUGAAAAGUAUGUUUGUUCUCCAUGCCAAAAUACCAAAGAAUCAAGUAUAGGAAUAUUAGCAGGAAAUACAAUAGCUACAGUAGCCUCAAUCACCUUAUCAGUAAAAGGCACAUAUGAAUUGGUCAAUCAGUUUUUGAUGGUUAAGAGCUUGGUUUUAAUGGGAGCCAGAUUCAAUUAGAAUGCAAAUUAAUUGGCAACUCUCAUUAAAAUGUUAACGAACUAUUUCUAAAUAAUACAAAUAGUUAAUCAAUUCUAAUUAGUAUUACCUAAGGGUUUAACCAAAACUACAGAUGCAGCAGGUAACCCUACAAAAUCAAGUUCAUUUAGUUUAGACUGUCUACUUGAACCUAUGACAGAUAUUAAUAUGCUCUACUUUAGAAUGAUUUGGGCUCUUGUUAUGCCAUGCAUCUAUUUGGUUAUUUAUUUUGUGCAGUAUUUCUUUGGAGUCAUGAUUGGCAAGAUCCCUUACAAAGCUCCAAUGAUUACAACAGCCUUUAUUUAUAUGUUUAUUUUUGCACAACCUACUUUAGUAGGAGGAUUUAUUUAAUUAGGAAGUGCAAGAAUCAUAUCAGGUGUAAAUUGGGUUUAAGCUGAUGUUGCCUAUCGAAGCGAUACUGAUGAACAUCAAUUAUGGGUUGCUGCAUUUGUUGCACCAAUGAUUGUUAUCUGGGUUGCUAUUCUACCAUUAAUAUUCCUUUAUCGAGUUUACACUUAUAGAUUCCAUUUAAAUAAUAGACAUAUUCGUUCAAGAUGGGGAUUCUUUUAUAAUGAAUAUGAUACCUCUGCUUAUUAUUGGGAAUUUGUUAAAAUCUUCCAAAAAGAAUUAAUGGUUAUUUUUCUUACAUUUUAUGAAGAUUAUGUUCUCAUAAAGGGAGCUCUUGUAAUUUUAGUCUUGUUAUAUUAUUCAUGGAUUUAAAUUAAUACUAAACCUUAUGCAAAUAAUGAUCUCAAUCAUCUUGAUCGUUACUCAACAAUUGUAUGUAUUAUAACAUUGUUGAUUGGCUUAUUAAUUUACACUUCAUAAGAAUAUGAUACAUAAUAUUUAAUUAUUAUCAUGUUCGUUUUAUUAGGUAUCUUUAACUUAUUAUUCCUUAUACAAAUUGUAUUUAAAAUAUUUGAAGGCUAUUUAGUAAAACUUUCUGAUAAAAUUGAUCCAAUUAGAGAUAUAAUUUUAGCUAAAAAACCCAAUGUUGUAUAUCAAUAUCCUAGUCUUAGACAAUUUUUGAAAAAUAAAAAAAAAACUACUCAAAGAGUAAAUGAUCUUUGGUGUACUUUGAGAUCUUAUACAAAAGAAUAAAUACGAAAUAGGAGAAACAACUAACCAAAAUAUGAAUUAAUUAACAAUGCUCCUUAUGAUUUUGAAGCUGCAAAAUUACCUAGAGAUGCUGCAGCAGCAAUUGUUCCAAUUAUGGAUGAAUAAGUUCCUGAAUAUUUAAUGAGUGGAGUAGCUAAGGAAUUUUUAGAAAAAGCUAAUGGUUUUGCUGAUACUUUUAAAGAAGAUUAAAAUUAAACUAAUUAAGAGAAAAAAAAAGAUAAUAAUAAGGAUUAAGGAUUUUUAGGUGGUUUGAAAGCAUAUAUGCCAUCUGCUGUUAAAGAUAAAAUAGAAAAAGCAGAAAAAAAGAUCGAUGAUGUUAAGAAAAUGAAAGAAUAAACUGAGAAUAUUGUUGCCAAAGGAAAAUAAUUAGGAGGAAUCAAAGAUUAACCUACAGAUGAGGAAGAAGCCAAAUUAAAAUAAAAUGAAGAUGAAUAAUAAAAACAAAAUGAAUAAUAAUAAUAAUAGGGAGCAGGAGGAUUCUUUGGAUCUAUUAAAUCUUUUAUGCCUGAUAGUGUGAAAGAUUAAAUUAAGAAGGCUGAAGAAUAAUAAAAAUAAAUUUAAAAAAAUAUAGAUGAUGCUAAAAAAAUGAAAGAUAAGCUAGAAUAAGCUACUUAAAAUAAGGACAAUUUGCUUUAAACUGGUAUUGAUUUUAUGCCUGAAGAGAUGAAGGCUCAAAUGAAAAAGGUUGAGGAAGAAAAAAAGAAAUUAGAAUAAUAAUAUUAGCAAGCUAAAGAUAUGGCAGAAAAGACAUAAAAUGCUGCUAAAAAUGUUUAAUAGGGUAAUAUUUAGGGAUUAUUACCAAAUGAAGUUUAAAAUAAAUUAAAAGAAAUUGAAGAAUAGAAAAAGAUUCUAGAAGAUAGUCUUAAAAAUUAAAUAAAUAUAGAAAGAUCUCCUUUAGAUAUUGGUAAUCAAUCAUAAUAACCCCUAUUAAAUUAAGAAAAUUAAUUUGAGAUCUUUAGAAAUGAUCCUAUGCGUAUAACUAAUAGCAACUUCUAAAAUUUUGCUGACAAUCCAAAGAAAAAUUGA